AUGUUUUACGACUUGAAUAUUGUCUAUCCAACAACACUUUCCAAUUUGAAUGUUGGUCAUGUUGAAACUCGAAAGAAUUUAGAAAUGCUGAUAUAUCUCGGCUAUCAAGUAAUCGCGUACAAUUACAUUGUUUCAGGCAAAAAAUCUGCUAAAAUGACAAACCCUAUAAAGAAAAUUGAAGUAUUUGAUACACACUCUUUUCCCACUUUACCUAAUAAUAAAAAAUCAAUGACGAUACAGCAAUUGACACGCUUAACAGUUAUUAUUGAUGAUCCCUCUCAAAAUUAUAAUUUAACUCCCUCAAAUCAAACUCUAUCAACAUAUGACAUUCUCUCGGUGCAACCCAUGAAUGAGAAGUUAUUCCAUGCGGCUUGCAACAACUACGAUGUGGAUAUAAUUUCAUUAGAUCUUGGAACGCGUUUACCGUUUUAUUUGAAACACGGGAUUUUGGGGAAAGCAAUUGAACGUGGUAUUUAUUUUGAAAUAUGCUAUGCGCCUGCAAUUCAAGAUUCAACUUCGCGUCGUCAUUUAAUAAGUAACGCGCAAAAUUUGGUUAGAGUAACACGUGGAAAGAAUAUUAUUAUUUCUAGUGGAGCACAAAAAGCAAUGGAAUUACGUGGACCUUAUGAUAUUGUGAAUCUAGGCACAAUAAUGGGUAUGAAUCAAGAGGUAUCAAAAGAUUGUAUCUCAACAAAUUGUCGAGCUCUAUUAUAUCGUGCAAUGACUCGUCGAGACGUUCACAAAUCCGUAAUUGCAUCCGCUCCCAUCUCCUCAAUGAAGCCAUAUGAGAUGUGGAAGCUUGGAAGGGACGAAAAUAUGUUGAAAGGUCAACAAAGUGAGUCAUCAAAAAAAAGAAAGAGGUCAAAGAAGGCGAAAGAAGAUAGUGAAGAUGACGAAGCUGCUAUUCUAGAAGAU